AACAACUAGGCAAACAAGCAAGCGAUACAACCUGGAUCGUCGAGUGACUGGAGCUCCCCCGAGCCAAUCUCCCAGCGUCAAAACGCACGGAUAUCCACACCUUUUGUUUGCUCGUUCAGUACUUCAAGCUUCACUUCUCGCUCUCAUCACAGCUCACUCUUGCCCUCAUCCAUCAUAUCGCACUUUCGUUGCAGACAGUCACUCGCUUGACCCCCCUCGGCACCUUUACUUAAUAGUACUAUCCUUAAUACUCAUACAACAAAACAAACAUGAAGUCAACAUCCUUCGCCGCUCUCGCCCUCGCCGGCAUGGUCGCCGCCUACCCAGGUGAAGUCCUGCGAAAGCGUGCCCUGACCGAGCGUGACGCCUGCCCUCGUACACUCACCUCGGGCCAAUUCGAGUUCCCUCACUACGUUACCCAGAUCUCCCAGUCGGAACCAGACAAGUCGUUCGGUCCUCAGUACAACGGUGUCUUCACCCCCAACGACAUCGCCUCCAUCUUCAGCUUCGAUGUUCCCGCCUCGCGCACCGACGCCAACUGCACUCUCGAGUUCAUCUUCCCCGCUCAAUCGCAACUCCAGACUUCCAGCUUCGAGUAUGAGGGUGGCGGCUCCUUCUUCUUCACCGGUUACAACCCUGGCAGCUGCCCCGGUGAGGAGACCACAUGGAACAACCAGCCUGCUCCCGGUCCUUUCCCUCCCUUCCCAGCCGUCCACAUGGAGCCUGGAAACGCAUACACCAUCGAUGUUGGUCCUUGUUUCGUCGGUGCCGGAACCUGCGUUGCUGGUAUGACAUAUACCAACGACACCAACUUCUGGUUCUUCCAAGACCAGGGGGAUUUGGUUGGCCCUGACUGCCCGAUUGGCAUUUUCACCGCAUAUGAAUAUGGUCUGCCUUCCGAGUCGCACUAGACUGCAGCAUUCGAGCAAACGUCGUCGCUAGACUUGCAGCUGUCAAGGGGAAUCCUCCACUACCUGAGCAUGGAUUGGUUGUUCCUUGUGCAACAUUGGAUAGAAC